UACACCUAUCCAAGUUGGGAACUUUUCUGUGUUUGUUGUUGAAGAUUUUUCUGGAGACGCUGAUUCAUCAGUUCAUUUCAGUGUUACUGCUGGACCAAUGUACCCAUCUGCUUGUCUGCCUUCUUGGAUUGAUUUUUUCGAUGAGUCUUUAGCUGGGACAAAAACUUAUUUGCUGAUAUAUCCUAAAGAUGCUUUUGGAAAUAAUGUCUCCUUAGUGCAUAUGCGAACUGAAGAUUAUUUUACACUGUCAACAUCUUAUUCCAAUGGAAUUGCAGCGGAGAUUUUCAAUUUAGUUUCUAUUAUUUGGAAUGAAUCGGGAUAUCUUAUCAUCGAGUUUACUCCCACCAUUGCUGGAAGGUUCCUUUUGCAUGUUUAUGGUGAUAAUCAAACUUUAAAUGGUUCUCCUCUUCCAUUUUCGGUAACACCAGGUUGGUUAAUUGCAUUAUAAUUGCCAGUCAAGAAAAUGUACACCAAUGGGUGAUUUUUAUUUGUUAUU